AUGGCAGACAAGACGGCCAAAUACCGCACGGAGAUCCAGCAGCUUUGGGUUUCUUCUAGCGAUACUAUGAGCAAUUACAAGGGUCUUGCUUCACCACCAACGAGAGAGCAGCAAACAUGUAACUUCGUAGACAUGAUGUAUGUGUCUGGAGAGACAGCUGAAGCGUCUGCGGAAACCACCGGUAUGAUCGAAGAAAUAGUGCGACAACAAGUCAUCGAAAUGCUCCGACAAUGCACUGAACAAGCGUCGCGGCGAGGUAGCCGAUCCAUUUCUACAGAUGAUCUGAUAUUUCUGAUCCGACAUGACCAAGCCAAGGUGUCACGUCUUCGCACUUUUUUAUCCUGGAAAGAUGUCAGAAAGAAUGUCAAAGACUCCGAUGAUAAGGGGGGAGAAGCUGAUAUUGGUGCUGGCGACGACCCAGCCGGUGCGGCAGGUGGGGGGCCAGUGGUUGAUACAGCCAAGAAGAACAAGAAGGCCAAAGUUGGUCUGCCCUGGGAAGUCCCCUCGUUCUACAACCAAGAGGUACCCGAGCGGGAAGACGAGGAAGAUGAGGACGAAGGAGAAAUGAACUAUGCUACUCUGCAGCGUCUCAAGAAGGCAGACGAGCGUACAAAGGCCAUGACCAAGGAGGAAUACGUCACAUGGUCCGAAUACCGCCAAGCCUCGUUUACUUUCCGCAAGGCGAAGCGAUUCAGAGAAUGGGCCGGCUUCGGUGUCGUGACGGACUCGAAGCCUAACGAUGAUAUUGUCGACAUCCUCGGUUUCUUGACCUUCGAGAUCGUGCAGACGCUGACCGAAGAGGCACUGAAGAUCAAGGAGCAGGAGGAUCUUGUAAAGGACAAGACAGGUGGCGAGCAGACCGGCAAGAAGCGCAAGAUCCAGGGACUCUUCGAUCCGCCUUCCGAGGGGCGUCUGCCCGUCGAGCCCAGACAUGUGCAGGAGGCAUUCCGGCGGCUGCAGCAGAGACCGACCAAGCAGCGAGCGAUGUGUAACUUCUCGAGAGGCCUCAAUCGCACCCCAUUGAAGCUUGUCAGUCUCCUUCCAGCAUCCAUCCAUCCAUCCCUUGAACUUCCCCCGCUAACAUCGCUGCAGUUCUGA